UGGGCGUCUGCGCGCGAGGCGGCGCCUGUCUGCUUUGACGCGGCCGGCCUCGACUGGAUGAAGGGCUGGAUGGCGCGCAAGAAGCCGCUCAUGAAGCGCGACGCGUUUGUCUGGAUGCUGCAAGGCGACUUGGGCUUCGACAACACGGACCCGUUUGUCACCUCAAAGGAGGAGGCGGGCCCGGAUCAGUGGAUCGAGUCGGGGCCGCACCUGAUGAUGUUCCCAAAGGACCCAGCGGCCUUGAGCGACGCCUUCACCUCCGACUUCUCGCUCGGCGAGCCCUACACCAUGUUUCCGGGCACAGACUUCGCGCACUUGAUGAUCCCCGCCUCGGGCUACUACGGCGAGGAGACGACGCUCUCGCCGGAGGAGCUGCUCGACCUGCUCAUGUCGCCGCCCUACAUCUACAUCCUCGCCGCCCUCGUGCUGCUCCUUGCCUCGGGCCCGCUAGCGGGCGGGCGCGACGGCAGCAAGGCUGGAACGCAGCUCGCGUGAGACAUGGCCGCUGCCGAGUCCGCGGUAGCUCAGGGGUCCACUCUUGAGCAGCGCAGCUCGCGCAUCGCAGGGCUCGACAGCUUCACUUACGGCAGCGCGUCGUCGCGCGAGGUCGCCUGGGGAGCAGCCUUUCGAGUUCGCGCGGAUUUCGUGAACUCCGAACUCGAACGAACGCAGCCGGCGGGGCCCAGCCCGAACCUCGAAAGUGAACGGACCGCCACGGCUGUGGAAGGCGCGAACUGCGAAAACGGACGAACGUUAGUGAACUCCCCUCGAACUUAGGAAAAAGAAAAUCAUCGAACUUCG